AUGUCCAACCCCCAGAUCGUAUUCCGCCAAACAACCUUCACGGCCCCGUCUCUCCUCCUCUCCCGCCGCCGUAUCAUUUCCCGCACCACCGUCCAUGCCCAGCUCGACCAGCUCCGCGCCAACGGCCAGUACGACUGCUUCAAGCUCGUAUGGCACCCCAUCUACGACGACAAGUCGCGCUGGCCCGCGCCCCUGCAUCUGUUCUGGGACAGCGACGUCGCCAAGUGGAUCGAGGGCGCCUGCUACUUUCUGGCCGACGAGUACGACGUGGAAGUCGAUGCUGCCGUGCGUGAGCUGGUUGAGAUGAUCCGGGGCGCGCAGCACGACGAUGGCUAUCUCAACGUCCACUUCUCUGUCGUCGAGCCGGGGAAGCGAUGGACUAAUAUCCGUGACAUGCAUGAGAUGUAUAAUGCCGGGCACCUCAUCGAAGCGGCCCUCGCGCACUCGCAAUACUACAGAAACGACCGCCUGAUGGAGCCGAUCGAGAAGUACAUCGCCCACAUCCGCCGACGCUUUGGCCCGGGAGACGGCCAGCUGCGGGCGUACCCGGGACACCCCGAGAUCGAGCUCGCCCUCCUGAGGUUCUACUCGGUGACGGGCCUCCGGGACGCAUACGAUCUCGCCCGCUUCUUCCUCGAAGAGCGCGGGAGCCCCGCGGGCCAGGACGGCAAGCACUUCUACGACUGGGAGGCGGAACAGCGCGACGAGCCGCGGUGGAAACGGCCCAACUCCUGGCCGAUGGACAGGUCCUACUGGUACUGCCAGGCCCACGCGCCCAUCCUCCAGCAGCCCGCCGUGGAAGGACACGCCGUCCGCGCCAUGUACCUCCUCAUCGCCGCCGCCGACCUGCUCAACCUCUCCCAGACGAGCGCGCCGUCGGCGGAGCUCCGACCCCUGGCCGCUGCCGCCGACUGGCUCGCCGCCCUGCGCCGUCUCUGGUCCAACAUGGUCGACAAGAAGAUGUACCUCACCGGUGGCGUGGGCGCCGUGGCGCAGUGGGAGGGGUUCGGCAUCGACUACUUCCUCCCGCAGGGCCCCGACGAGGGCGGCGGCUACGCCGAGACGUGCGCCUCGGUGGGCGUCAUGAUGCUCGCCGAGCGGCUGCUGCACGCGGACCCGACGCUGGACGGGCGGUACGCCGACGUCAUGGAGCUGUGUCUGUACAACAACGUCAUGACGGCCAUGAGCCUCGACGGCAAAGCCUUCACGUACGAGAACCAACUCGCUAGCUGCGCGGCUGCGCCGAGCGAGAGGGAGGACUGGUUCUGGUGCGCGUGCUGCCCGCCGAACGUGACCCGGCUGUUUGGGAGCCUGGGCGGGUACCUGUGGGACUACGGGGGCGGGGAGGGGACGGCGUCGGUGAACGUCCACCUGUACACGAGCGCCGAGGUCAGGUUCCCCGCGGGGGAGGCCGAGGUGACGCUUUCGCAGGAGUCGAACUGGCCGUGGGAGGGCCGCGUCUCGUUCCGGCUCGGGGGCGCCCAAGGCCUCGAGACCAAGAUCCGGCUCCGCAUCCCGGCCUGGGCCAAUGGCGGGUUCACCCUCACGCCCGCGCCGCCUCCCGGGACGUCCGCGCUGGAGAGGGGGUAUCUCCACCUGAGCCCGGCGUACACGGCCGCCAACGCCGCCUUCACGCUCGACGUCGACGGCUUCGCGCCGCGGUACGUCGCGCCUCACCCGUACACGAACCAGCGCACGCUGAGCCUCGCGCGGGGCCCGGUCGUGUACUGCGUCGAGGACGCCGACCACCCCUGGGAGAGGAACCACUUCAAGGACAUGGCGCUCAAGAGAGGAGGCGAGGUCGAGGAGGAGUGGCGGGUCGACCCGGGAAGCGGGGAGGGGUAUUUCGCGCUGAAGACGGUCGGGUGGGAGAGGUCGCCGGAGGCCCUGGAGAGGGGCGAGGGAGGCAUCAGGAGGGAGCUCGUGUUUGUGCCGUUCUAUUUCAGGGCGAACAGGGGCGGCAAGGGGCAGAUGAGAGUUGGGCUUAGGGAUGACGGGCGUUGA